AUGUCUCGACAUCACCCUGAUCUGGUCAUGUGCCGCAAACAGCCCGGCAUAGCCAUCGGCCGCCUCUGCGACAAGUGCGACGGCAAGUGUCCGGUCUGUGAUUCAUACGUCCGCCCGACAACGCUGGUCCGCAUAUGUGAUGAGUGCAGUUUCGGAAACUAUCAAAACAAGUGCGUCGUCUGCGGAGGAGAGGGAAUCUCGGAUGCCUUUUAUUGCUUCGAGUGUACCCGCCUGGAAAAGGACAGAGACGGUUGUCCUAAGAUUAUAAACUUGGGCAGCUCAAGAACAGAUCUUUUCUAUCAAAAGAAGACAAACAGGACCGGGACGUACUGA